AACCCUGAAUGGCUCCUCGCAGGAGCGGGACCCGCGUGCCCGCGGACGUGGAUGGAGGACACGCACCAAUACAAAAGGGAGGUGUGGGCCUCCUGCCACCCCGGCCAUCCAAGAUGUCGAAAGGGAUUCUGGCCGAGUCCCGGUCACGCUGGCGUGCCCUGCGCAGCCCCCUGGGAAACAGGCCUGGAAUUCCUUUUAGGAGCAGAGUGGGGGAAGGCGAGCCAGCAGGAAUCCCCGAGUUACUGCCCCAGGCCAGCCAUUGGCCACCAGGAAAAGACUCUGGGCACAGAAUGGAGAUUUCGUUCUGACCUUACCAAGGAAAGUGACACCCCCAAGGGCAGCAGUGUGCUUCCUUCACGAAGGGCCACAUUUAUUUAUGAAGCCGGUCUGCAUUAAGGUCGCUUUUCCAGGCUUAGAGGCCAGAGUCCAUGGCUUCGUGGGGGGAAGGUUGGGCUGGUGAGGGCACAAAGAUGACUGCCCUAGCGGAGCGCAGAGCCUCACACGUGUUUUCUCUCCCCUCCCAACAGGUAAGGCUGGCCUCUCUUCGAUCAGAGGUCUGAGCUGUGCUAUGGGGCUAGGGAUGUCUUUAUUGCUGCAGUUUUCUCUGACAUCCGGGGCCUAUUGGAGUGUGGGUCGAAGCAGGCGCUGCAGCUGCACAAGUAUCCCCAGGAACAUCCCCAAGAGGAGCUGGAGAAAGCCUCACCCCCAGCUCUGCAGUCUCCUGGCAGAAGAAGCACCCAUGCUGGAACAGCGCUACAGGGGCCCCAUGGCCAUGGGCCCAGCCCCACCUCGACUUCUUUCUGGGCCAUCCCAGGAGUUAUCUCAGACCCUGGAGAAGGAGUCCAGCAGGCUGAGGCACCGAGGCACUCCAGUGGCCCAGCCAGGUGGCCAAGUCCCCAGCAAGGCCCAUCGCUGUGCCCACUGUCGAAGGCACUUCCCCAGCUGGGUGGCCUUGUGGCUUCACACCCGGCAGUGCCAGGCCCGGCUGCCUCUACCUUGCUCUGAGUGUGGCCGACGCUUCCGCCAUGCCCCCUUCUUAGCAUUACACCUCCAGGUCCAUGCUGAUGCCACCUCAGACCUGGGCUUCAACUGCCAUCUCUGUGGGCAGAGCUUCCAAGGCUGGGUGGCCCUGGUUCUGCACCUGCGCGUGCACUCAGGUGCAAAGAAGCCCAUUGCUUGCCCCGAGUGUGAGAGAUGCUUCUGUCGACAGAAGCAGCUCCAAGCUCAUCUGCAGAAGCACCACCCUCCUGCCCCUGAGGUCCGGCCCUUCAUCUGUGGCAACUGUGGCCGGAGCUUUGCCCAGUGGGACCAGCUGGUUGCUCACAAGCGCGUGCAUGUGGCUGAGGCACUGGAGGAGGCAGCAGCCAAAGCCCUGGGUCCGCGGCCUCGAGGCCGCCCAGCGGUGACAGCGCCCCGCCCGGGGGGAGACGCGGUGGACAGGCCCUUCCAAUGUGCCUGCUGUGGCAAGCGCUUCCGCCAUAAGCCCAACCUGAUCGCCCACCGCCGUGUGCAUACAGGGGAGCGGCCGCACCAGUGCCCCGAGUGUGGGAAGCGCUUCACCAACAAGCCCUACUUGACCUCGCACCGGCGCAUCCACACCGGGGAGAAGCCCUACCCGUGCACUGAGUGCGGCCGCCGCUUCCGGCAUAAACCCAACCUGCUGUCGCACAGCAAGAUCCACAAGCGGUCAGAGGGUUGCGCGCAGGCUUCCCUGGGCACCAGGAGCCCCCAGGUUCCAGCCUUGGCCCCUGAGCCCUCAGAGCCGUAUCCUGAGAAGCUGACCCCAGAAGCUGCCGAGCCUAUGCCCGAGGUACCCCUAGAACCCCCGCGGGACCAGGCAGAGGUGCCUCCGUCCCUGUACAGCUGCGAUGAUUGCGGGCGCAGCUUCCGCCUUGAGCGCUUCCUGCGCGCACACCAGCGGCAGCACAGCGGGGAGAGGCCCUUCACCUGCACAGAAUGUGGGAAGAACUUUGGCAAGAAGACGCACCUGGUGGCACACUCGCGUGUGCACUCGGGCGAGCGGCCCUUUGCCUGCGAGGAGUGUGGCCGCCGGUUCUCCCAGGGCAGCCACCUGGCGGCCCACCGUCGCGACCACGCCCCUGAGCGGCCCUUUGUCUGCCCCGACUGUGGCAAGGCCUUCCGCCAUAAGCCCUACCUGGCCGCCCACCGGCGCAUCCACACCGGAGAGAAACCCUAUGUCUGUCCCGACUGUGGCAAAGCGUUCAGCCAGAAGUCCAACCUGGUGUCCCACCGGCGCAUCCAUACCGGUGAGCGGCCUUAUGCCUGCCCCGACUGUGACCGCAGUUUCAGCCAGAAGUCCAACCUCAUCACUCACCGCAAGAGCCACAUCCGGGAUGGCGCCUUCUGCUGUGCCAUCUGCGGUCAGACCUUUGACGAGGAGGAGCGCCUCCUGGCCCACCAGAAGAAGCACGAUGUCUGAGAGAGGCCCUGGGUGACCUUCAAGACAGGAGCUUGGCACUGGCCAGGGGCACCUGCCUUGGCGCUGGUGGAGGGGACAGUGGGAAUCUCAGAAGGAAUAGAAGAGGUGUAGUGAGCUAAACCCUGGUAGCCCAUGGUCAGGGAAUCCUCAACAGAGCCAAAGGACCCAGCCUCAGGCUGGCAUUCCUAAAGUUCUAUCCUGACUGCCCUGUGCUCUCAAAACGUAGCAAUAGUAGCUCCAUCUACCGUUAGAGCCCUGGCUAGAGGAGCCACCAGUGGGAAGGAAGCUGCUCCAUCCUCUGGUGUUAACGCCUUAAUGUCCCUGUCUUUACUAUGAGUUACUUCAGGUCACUUUUGGAAGUAGGUGUGGAACAGUCUUUAGUUAAUGAGCACUUCACGGGGAGGGAAAGACCAGCUGGAUACACCUUGAGAACCUGCUGGCCUCUUUAGGCGGCACAGGACUUUUUUUUUUUUUCAGCACUCGGAUAAGGUUGAGGUGCUCUUACUUGUCCCCCUCCCUGCUACCCCUGCAUAGAAUCCCAGACCUGGAGGGGCACAUCUACUGUUAGCAAGUCCACCCUCUGCCUCCCCCAGAUGACAGCCCCAGGGCAUUUCCCUUUCCUGGCUGUUUUGCCUGAUCUGAAGAUCCUCUUCAUCCAGAACUUACUGUGUCACAGGAAAGAUUGGCUUCUUAAUGCAGCCAAAGGGAAGGUCCUCAUGCAUUUCCUUUUCACCUAUUCCAGCUUGUUCAUGCCAGCCUCUGCCUGAGCACCGAGGUCACCUAGAGCUCCCACCUCCGAGGCCCUGGUUCUAUUGUAGGAUGAUUCUAAUUGUUAGAAAUUACUCCUUAUGAUGAUUGAAAUCUGCUUCCUAUCAUUUCUACCUUUUGGGCCUUGUUCUGUCUUCUGGAUCUACAAAAAAACAACUGUUUACCUUCCUUUUCAAAUUAGAGAAUAAAGAUUUGGUUUUA